AUGGGGCGGGGGUACGGAAGAGGUCGCGGCAAGCGCGUGCUGCGGCGCGACUUCAAGGAUGGGAAGACCGACGAGUGGCAGGAGAAGCGCCAGCGGAGGGACGACGGGUGGCAGGAGCAGCCCACCCACAACGAUGCCUUCAACGAGUACUACAAGGGCCAGAACAUCUGCCCGCCCGAGGAGUGGGACGCGUUCCUGGACGCCCUGCGCCGCCCGCUGCCCAUCACCUUCCGCAUCAACGGCUCUGGCAAGUUUGCGCACAGCCUGCGCGACCGGCUGCAGGCCGACUUCCUGGCCCCCUUCUCCGGCGCGGCGGCUGCCGGCCCCGAGAGCGCGGGCCUGCAGCCGCCGGCGGCGCUGGCCUGGUACCCGGACGGCCUGGCCUGGAGCUUCUCCUGCUCCCGCGGCGAGCUUCGCAAGCUGCCCGCCCUGGAGGCCCUGCACGAGUUCAUGAAGCGCGAGACGGCGGUGGGCGCCAUCUCGCGCCAGGAGGCGGUGUCCAUGGUCCCGCCCCUCUUCCUGGGCGUGGCGCCGGGGCACCGCGUGCUGGACAUGUGCGCGGCGCCGGGGUCAAAGACCUUCCAGCUGCUGGAGGCGCUGCACUCCGGCGGCGCGGGGGAGGAGCCCGCGGGCGUCGUGGUGGCCAACGACGCCGACGCCAAGCGCUGCAACCUGCUCACCCACCAGGUCAAGCGCAUGUGCUCCCCGGCCCUGCUGGUCACCAACCACGAGGCGCAGCACUUUCCCGCGCUGACAGACCACCGCGCGGUCCAAUGGGCGCGUGAUCUGGCCCCGCGCGUGCUCUUCGACCGCAUCCUGGCGGACGUGCCGUGCUCCGGGGACGGCACCAUCCGCAAGGCGCCCGACAUCUGGAAGCGCUGGACCCCGGGCAACGGCAACGGUCUGCACCUGCUGCAGCUGCGCAUCGCGCUGCGAGGCGCGGAGCUGCUGGCCGUGGGCGGGCGCCUGGUGUACUCCACCUGCACCUUCAACCCGGUGGAGGACGAGGCGGUGGUGGCGGAGCUGCUGCGCCGCACGCGCGGCGCGCUGCGCCUCCUGGACGUCUCCGGCGAGGUGCCCGCGCUGCGGCGCCUCCCAGGGCUGGCCGCCUGGCGCGUGCACGACGGCCAGCGCUGGCACGAUGCCUGGGCGGGGGAUGGCGAGCGCGGGCGCAAGCUGCUGCCCUCCAUGUUCCCGGGCGUGGGGGAGGGGGGCCUGCACCUGGAGCGCUGCAUGCGCUUCCUGCCUCACCACCAGGACACGGGCGGCUUCUUCGUGGCGGUGCUGGAGAAGCUGGAGCUCAUGCGCGACUUCUAUGGCAUGCACCCCGCCUGCCCCGUGCCCUGCUCCCUGGUGGCGCGUUCGGAGGACCCCCGACCCAAGCGCCUGAGCUACGUGUCGGCCGGGGUCAAGGAGCUGCUGCUCAUGGACGUGAAAGAGGCGAUGAAGAUCACCGCCGCCGGGGUCAAGGUCUUUGACCGCCAGGACAGCAAGGACGGCCUGGUGAGCUGCAUCUACCGCGUGGCGCAGGAGGGCCUGCCCAGCCUGAUGCCGUACCUGACGCGGCAGACCAUCGCGCUGCCCCUGAAUGAGCUGGUGGCGCUGCUGAAGGACAGGGAGAUGCUGCUGCCGGACGCCGCCAAGGUGCACAUCACCCGCCAUGCUGGCGUCGCGGCUGAUCCGGCGACAGAUGGCGCGGGCGGGGCUGGAGGCCCCAGUGAUGCGGGGACGGCGCCCGUGGAGGCCGAGGCUGCUCCUGAGGGCGCCGCCGUCGACAACGAGGAUGUCGCUGCCGAUGGCGUCGAGGCAUCAGAGGGCACAGCGGGCGACAUUCCUGGUGAUGCUGCGUCUGACGGCGUCGCAUGCGGGGAAGGAGCAGGCGAGGGCGCUGGCAGCGCCGACGCUGCAGCCAGAGCCGCUGCUGCCGACGCUGAUGCGGCAGCUCCCGCCCCCAGCCCUGCCGCCGCCGAGCCCGCUGCAGCACAGCACUCCCCACCGAAGCCCAACCCCAAUCCUCGACGCCUCACCACCCUUGAGAGCCCCGAAUCACUGAAGCAAAUGAUCGACAUCAAGUAUGGGUGCUGCAUCGCCACGCUCAAGGCCGAGGAUGCCCAAGCCCUGGGACUCAGUUCAGGAGCCGGUGCGGAAGGUGCCCUCACAGCGGCGGCCCCCAUCGCCGUGUCCUGCUGGAGAGGGAGGGCCUCCCUCAACGUCUUGGUGUCCAAGCAGGAGUGUGCUCAGAUCGUGGAGAGACUGAGUGGAGUGAAGGCAUGA